AACCUUCUUUUCUUAUUCAAAAGCUGUCCAGGCUACAUAGAACCACAAAAUCUCACACGUGUUUCAGAGUUCUUCCUCAUGAGUCUCUCAGAUGAUCCGGAACUGCAGUCUUUGCUCUUUGGGCUCUUCCUGUCUAUGUACCUGGUCACUGUGCUUGGGAACCUGCUCAUCAUCCUGGCCGUUAGCUCUGACUCCCACCUGCACACACCCAUGUACUUCUUCCUCUCCAACUUGUCCUUGGCUGACAUCGGUUUCACUUCUACCACCAUCCCAAAGAUGAUUGUGGACCUCCAGACUCACAGCAGAGUCAUUGCCUAUGGGGACUGCCUAACACAGAUGUCAUUUUUUAUGCUUUUUGGAUGUUUGGAUAGUCUUCUCCUGACCGUGAUGGCCUAUGACUGGUUUGUCGCCAUCUGUCACCCUCUGCACUACUUGGUUAUUAUGAACCAACGCCUCUGUGGUUUGCUGGUUUUGGUGUCAUUUUUCAUGAGCCUUUUGGUUUCCCAGAUGCACAAUUCAGUUGUGUUACAACUUACCUACUUUAAGGAUGUGAAAAUUUCUCAUUUCUUCUGUGACCCUUCUCAACUCCUCAACCUUGCCUGUUCUGACACCUUCACCAAUAACAUAGUCAUGUAUUUUGUUGGAGCCAUCUCUGGUUUUCUCCCUAUCUCAGGGAUCUUUUUCUCUUACUAUAAAAUUGUUUCCUCCAUUCUGAGAGUCCCAUCAUCAGGUAGGAAGUAUAAAGCCUUUUCCACCUGUGGCUCUCACCUGUCAGUUGUUUGCCUGUUUUAUGGAACAGGCCUCGGGGUGUACCUCAGUUCCACUGUCUCACUUUCUCCAAGGAAGUGUGCAGGGGCCUCAGUGGUGUACACUGUGGUUACCCCCAUGCUGAACCCUUUCAUCUAUAGUCUAAGGAAUAGGGACAUCAAAAGGGCCAUGCAGAAGCUCCUAAGCAAAAACAACCUGAUCUCAGUACUUGCACCAUCCAUUUGA